AUGGCCCAGGAUCCAGUCUGCCCCAUGAGUCAGCGGGACACACUCGAGCAAUGCCUGUUUCACCCGGCUGCUCCUCAGCUCGAUGUCUCAUUCCGAGCCCCAAACCAACAAGGCGACUACACUACGCGCCCAAAGCAAGAGCACGGCACCCGUGUCCCAGCAAAGGCGACUGAGGAGACGUCAAUCGCGCGAGAGGCUGAGCGCUUCUCGAGCGGUAACCUCAUCGUCAACCUCGACAUGACGUCGGGCACAUGCUCCCACAUCUCAUCGACACCGGAGUCGAAGUCUCCCCAUUCCUCGCUGGAUCCAAGAGACCCUACCUGA